AUGGCCUCCCGCUCGAGGACCCUGCGGCCUCAAGCCUCCCGUGCCCGAGCUCCUUCUCCUCUUCGAGCCGAGGCUCCAUGCAGCCUCGCGUCCCGCAGCUCGCCCGUCCUCGGAGCUCCCUGCCGCGGUGCUCCCCUUCUCCGUCGUCGCCCACCUCCAACCUCGACGCCGCCACCACGUCCUGACCGCGCCGCGCCCGAGGCCCUGCCUUCUCCUCGUCCGCAUCGACCGAAGCCAGCAGAUGAGCCCCGUCGCACCCUCUUCUUCCCCCGUUUUCCUCCUCUCUGUACCUCGUCUCUCUCUCGUUCUCUAUGUACCAGGAUCCAUGCCGCCUCGAUCCCCUUCGGCAGCAGCCUCGCCGCCAGCCUCCUGCCAUCGCCCAGAUCCGCAGCCGUCCCGCCGGAGUUCCUCGCGCCCUGCUGGCCUGCUUCGUCCUCUGCACCGCGCCUGCCCCCUGCCUCGAACUGCUGCUUCUGUUUUCUUCAGAAAACGAGAGCAGCGCUGCAUCGAGCGCCUGCUCGAUCCAUCCGCUCGCCCGCGUUGACCCGUCGCCCGCCAGCGUGGACAAGCCCCAGAUCCAGCGCCCCUGUGGGCCUCCCUUCCUGCCAGAUCUGGCCCUGUGGCCUGCCUUGGCCUCCUCACCGAUGGGCUGAAGCCCAUGGUGAGCGCCCCAGCGCCCCUCCUCGGCCCAGUCUCCUCCGCGGCCUGCCCCAGCAGCCCCAGCCAAGCCAGCCCCUCUCCACCGAACCGGGCCUUGGCCCAGGGUGA